GGAAAAAAAAACUUUUUUUUCCAAGUUGUCAAUUGUUUUUUCCUGAUUUACCAACAUGACGAGACUUCCCAGUCCAGGAAACAGAAUGCCAAAUUCUAAACAGAACAUACUCGCACCCAUUCGAUUAACUGGGUUUCAUGAACAGUAUAAACAUCUAUUUGAUGACGAGAAGGAUUUUACAUUUAUCAAACUAUUGGAAGCAAUUAAUAUGAAAGCACUUGAUUUUCCGAGUUAUUCUAAAUUUCCUCGAAUGGAUCUAUCAGCCCUUUACUGUUUAGGUGUUACUAUUCAAGAAUAUGCACGAUAUCUAGGUACAGACCUUUUGACCGAAAAACGAGCAACAGAAAACUUGACACCACUAAAUACCCUAUAUGAUCAAGAAGAAAUUAAAUCAAGGCAGUGGCUCUCGAUCAUCAACUCCCAACAACAACGUCGCCCUAAAAAACAGAUUAUAGAAAAGGCGAAUCCUUCCCGUUAUGAACAGAUGCUGAGAUUGCCAGAGUGGAGAAAUAAUUUAAAAAGGAAGCGAAGCGAAGAAGCAAAUGCAGAAGCGACUAAGAUACGACGAGAAAAGAAUGACAUAAGAGUUCAGAAAAUUAAGCUCGAAAAGGCAUUACGACAAGAAGAAGAACGACAAUUGGUUGGCAAAAGACGAGCGAAAACUGAAUACAUAUUACCACCAACACCACCCGUAGACAUUUUUGAUAUGUCAAGAAAGAAAGCGAAACAUGCAAGACCAUUGAAAAAGAAAGGAAAAAAUGUAAAUUCUUUUUAAAAUAAUACCCCUCGCUACUAAUGCCUGUUAAUAAAUAAUCGAACAUUCU